UUUAGAUUAUCUUUCAUAUUAUAUGAAAAGUGAUGAAAAAAACGAAGUGAGAACAAAACUAUUUGAGCUCAAAACGAAAUCCGCAAAAUUAGAAUAUGCAACUUCAACUAUCAAUAGGAUAGGAUCGUUUGAAUAUGAUGUUAACCAGAUAAGUGAUGCUAUCGAUCUUUUUGCAGAUAAAAAACGAAAAGCUACCGAUAUAAACGUGGACGGAAAAUUCCACGGUGAAAUUUUUUUAAUGCGAGCAACAGAUUCGGAUGAAAACAAUUCCGAUUUCCAUCAUUUGGAUGAUUAUGGAUUAUCCAAAUAUACAAAUGGAGCUGUCGAGGUAGUAAGAGUUCCUGGAAAUCACGAUAACUUCAUUAUAAAUGAUUUGGGAAAAAUUAUUGACACUCUUGAAGUACUCGCAAUGAAAACUUCUACUGGAUAAAUAAAAAGUUUAUACUGA